UACUCCUAAAUGAUCUGUAUUUCCUUUUUCAUAAAAUUUAAAUUUUUAUAUGUUUAAUAUUCACAAAAUACUACCAAAAUCCCUCAUAUACGCAAUAACUCACUCUAAAAUUUCAAAAGAUUAAAAAAAAUUAUAACCAAUAGUAGUUUAGCUUAAAACUUCAAUACAUACUACUCCUAUUAGACCACAAACACUGGCUUAAAGUACUUUUUAAGUGUUCAUAUUUUUAUUUUUAUUUUUAAAAAAAGCUAAUAAAUUUAUAAUCCCAAAAAUAUAAGUACUUAUAGUGAUUGAUAUAGGUAAAACUUCAGGAAUUCAAAACAAAAAAUAUCGAUGAAUAAAGUCCAAAACUACUCAUAUUAAGUGUAUUGGAAAAUAUUAUUGGAAGAGUAUUUUUGGAAAUAUGAUAAAUUUCGCCUCUUUAUUAUUAUUAUAUAAUAAACUAUGUUUGUGUUUUUAUUAUUUAAGGGCUCAAAUACUUCUUAAACAUACUGUAAUUCCACCGAAUCCACACAAUAUAAGAUUCGAGAGGACUAAAACUUUUUUUAUGGCAAUACUGGAGGUUUUUAAGGCGGUUAAUAGACCGAAUCCUGUAGAUUUAUAUAUUCGAUAAAGAAAUGCAUUUCUUCUAGAUAUUUAUGGAGUAGAAGUUUGCUAAAAGAUAUCAAUUUGUAGUAUAUUUGAGUAGUUUUUACUAUUAU